UAACCUCUCAGUAAUACCAUUACCUUUGAGAUUCGAUUGACACUUGUCGCUGGCAAUUGUCCCCUGAUUUACUUCGAAUCAUUCAGAAAUCCCCGAAUGAAGUUUUUCACGAGUGUUGCAUGAAUUGACACUUGGAAAUGGCAGGAGUCGUGCCAUUGUCCGGUAAAACCGUGCGAAAACAGUGGUUCUCUCAUGACGGACCCAGGGGCUCUCUCAGAGGCUUGAGGUCUCAACUCGCCGAGGAUGGUUGUGCGGAGUCUCAAGUUGUCCUCGGAAAACGACUGCUGGAGGAACGCAGCGAGCGCGACGUAGACAAAGAGGAGAACGCAAAGCUCGGUGUGUACUGGCUCACAAAGGCCUCCGAGCAGGGCAACAUUGAGGCAACGGAAAUCCUUAAAAAAUGCCUGGAAACAGGUCACGGGAUAACCGAGCACAACUACUACGACGCAAAGAGUUGCCUCGAGAUGCCGCAGGAUGAGAAGCUCGCGAGACGUGCGGCGCGUGAAUUAUUCUCGAGUCUCUCAAACGGUGAGGACUUUGUCACGAUGGACCAGCUGAGGCGGCAAUUGCGUGCAAUCCGUGACAGGCAACGAAGGGAUUCCGACGAGGACUCCCUCCACUCUGAGGGCACCUCCGAGAGCAGCGGAGGCGACGAGACAAGCCACAAAUCACUGGAGUAUCCCGAGAGCUUUGAUCAUCAGGGUGAAAAGAUAACUGAAGCAGCACUCGUCUCCGCAGCGACCAGCUACGCCCGUGGCCUGCUCCCGACAGUGUCAAGAGCUCUCUGCCUGGUGAACCAGACUCGGAUGGAGCUUGAGAAUGUGCCAUUACUACAGCGACCAUUUGUCCACCCCCUGGAAUCCCUCAAGUGGCUUUGGGAGUGGAUUGUCGAGAGAAUUGGAAGACGCGGUGGAACGUACGCUAAGUCCUUCUUCACCUCUAACCUCCAGACCCUAAUUCUCCUCAUCAUUUACUCUCUCUUCGGUACUGAGAGUCUAGUCCUCUUUGUGCCAAUGAUCAUCUACUACCUCUCGUUCAUCGUCAUGGUGGUGGCGACAUUUCAGAUGCUCCAGAGCAAACGUGAACUCCACGAUUUUCGUAACUGGUCUGGUCUCUUCAUCAGCUACUCAGGGGGAAAUCUCAAUGCUGAUGAGGCUGAGUAUCAGUUCUGCAGGAAUAAUCUCAAACCCUAUGGCCACUUUUUCCUCGCCCUUUUGGUGAAUCUUAUGAUCUACCCCAUUAUCGCACACCAGUGGACUCCCCAAUCUGAAUUUACGAUCAUCGCUUUUGUUCUCACUUUGGCAACUCUUUACAACUUCGGUUGGAAGGACUCAUCGAAGCUUCCAGACUUUCUGGCGCUCAUCAGCUUUGCUGUACAUGUACUCGCUAAGUAUCCAUACGAAACUGACAUAGUCGUCGCUCAGACCUGGAGAUUCCUCGACAUAAGGGUUCCCACGUUUGCUUCCUACGUCGUUGGAAAUGGCAUUGAAUUCUGCUUGAAUUUCCGGGCUGUUUUUUACCUCCUGAUUCCUGGAGUCUUUGCUAAGAUGGCGGGGAGGGACAGUUGGAAAGGCACUUACAGGACACUCAUACCCCACUGCGUCACCCUCAGCUGGUGGCAGAUCGCCAUUCUGAGCUCUCAAGGAGCCACUUGGUAUGGAUUGAUCAGGGGGGCUUUGGCACUUGUUGGAAUGGUUCUCUUUUUACCCAUCGCUGGACUUGCUUCGGUUCUUCUGCCCAUUGUAGCUGCUGCCAGGUAUCUGUCGGACAGUGAUGUUGCCAUGAAAGUUGGAAUUACUGUGGCUGUGGGGGGGCUACCGUUCUUUGCUGCAUGGUACCUGAAGAAAAUCAGGGGCUCCAGGUUCAAUUGGAUCAUCACGUACGUUCAGGUGUUUCUGGGGGCUCUUGCUGGAAUUUUUCUCUGUUGGCCUGUCAUCCUUGAGUAUAAGAGUAUGGAGAGCAGUGAGGGGAUUGCGGGGAUUCCUGGGGCAUCCAUGCUCACGUGGGAGCAGUACCAGAAUCACUGUCAUCAGCCCGCCUGGGAAGAACUUUCGUCAAAGGCUCAGGUGCAGGUGCAGUGUGCACAGCUGGAGGGCAUCAAUGUCUCCUGGGAGGGAUAUGUUACCAAUGUGAGGGUGAAGACUGUUGAGAACAGCAUUGCUGGGCUGCUGAGGAGGCUCCCUGAGGGCAUCGAGGACAGACUCAGUUGCGUCUUCGGAGAACCGGUAGGUGAGCAUCUCUGUCGAGGGGGGGAUAUCAACAAGAGCACCUGCGAUAUGAUCAGAAAGACGCAGGCCAGGAAGUGCCUGGUUACCAACUGGAACCGAUACCACUUCGAGAUCUAUGUGAAGAUGAAGAAUGGACUCUGGGGAAGCAAUGCAGAGAUCGUUCUCCAGGCCGAUCACUCGUUUAUGAAUUUCAGUUUGAAUAUUUAUCCUGGAGAUAAGAUACAGUUCUCUGGGACCCUCUCGAAUGACGGGGCAGAGGGGGAGGCGUUACUAGGGGGAGCCAAACCUCGGGUUAGACUCGAGGAGGUCUCCUGCAGUGCUUGUCAUGUGAUUCAUCUUCAAGCGACCAAACGAGAGAGGGGGAGCAGGAUCUCUAUUGGGGUCGUUACUCGGACAUUUGUUCUCGGGAUCAAGACUGUUUUGAAUUUCGUAUUGAAUCCUUUAGUCGUUUUCAAGUGAUGGAGACAUUAGUGAUGUCGGAAGAAAUCGGGAAAAGUACAUCUAACAAAUUAACAACUCUGAAUUUUUUCCGUAAAAUGUCAUUUAUCGAAACUCGAUUUUAAUGCAGGAAAUCUCUCCUAUUCAAUGUAGAUCAUGUAUUGUCGUUGUGAGCUAUCUCCCCUGUAGCAUGACACACAUCACCCUUAAUUACUUAAUUAAUCAUCCAGUACCUCACUAGAUUGGCACAUGUUCAUAGUAUGUGCGUAAAAUAUUUUUCUUACUUGUAAUUAGUUUAUAAAAAAAGAUGAAAAAAACUAGGUGCUAUCGAUGUUUAUGUAGCUGUCUGGAUUAAUGAAUUGACAUGAGUAAAGUUGAAAAAUUCAUUCCAGAGUCGAAUGUGCCUUGUAAGAAUGGGAGAGUUAAGUGAAUAAAAAUAGUAUUAUUUUUCCCGCUGGUAAUCCCAAGUGGAUUUUCGAUCCAACGUAGAAAACCAUUUCGAUGUGCCAAUCUUAGAUCUCGUGAUUGAGUCAAGAGUCUAAGAAUUAGUCAUAUAUUUUUUAUUAUUUUUAGGUGAAAAUUUCAGUGAAAACUUUAGUGCAGUCUGAUGUAACUAUUGAUUACGGUUUAUUUCGAAAUCACAUGACAUUUGUAAAUGAAGGAUUAUUUUUAUAUUCACGAAAUAUAUUUUCAUUUCGAACAA